AGCUGCCCCCCAUAGCCUCAGGAGGGGGGAGGAGCUGUCCCCCAUAUCUCCAGGUGGGGGGACAGCUCCUCCCCACCCCAUAUCUCCAGGUGGGGGGAGGCACUCCCCCCACCCCAUAUCUCCAGGGCGGGUGGGCAGAGAUGGACUGGGUAACUCAAGGAUGAAUAAAUAUACUAUUAUGUGGGGGGAAGAGAGAGGUUUCCAAUGGGGUGAAGGUGCCGUCGGGCUGGAGCUCUGUAUUAGGGUGAUGUCCCAUGGGAUUGGAGGGGUUGUUGGGGUGAACAUCCUUUGGGAGCAGCGUGAGGGAAAAGAUUCUGCAGGGUGGACAGGGCAGAGUGAAUGUACCGUGGGGCAUGUACAGGAGGUGAGACCACAUGGAAAUCCCACAGGAGCAGUGGGGAAGCGGCAUAUUGGGUGGAUAGCCAAGAAGGAAUUGAAAGGAGACGAGGAUGGCACUCCGUACCCACCUCCCGGAUACGAGACUAGCUGGCUGGGAUCUGGCGGGACUUUAGGAGAUGGGACACCAGGGCUUUGGUUUGUCCCUGAAACUGGUGGUGCGCCAACUUGUGCCUGGGGAGUGAGAGCUCACCAGGAGACACGGAUGAGCAGAGAGCUGCCGGACGGUAACAGCGAUGAGGCGACGUGACCUGUGGGCAAGCUGCAGCAGCGCUGAUCGGGAGCGGUGAAAACCAGACUCUUGUAUACGCUGCCGCCCUCCUCCCCAGAGACCCGAGGGGCUGUAAUGGCUUGAUUCUCUGGGAGUCUUGAAAGACACUUGAGGAGAGACGGGGAGUUAUUUCAAGGCUUGGAGAGACCAGUACAGAACUCGUCCGCUCCUUUCAGUGGGGGAAGCUUGGGGUGUGUUUAUUAGCUUUGAACCAGGAUAGGGGGAGCUGUGUGGCCCAUUCAGGAGGUGGAGAGGCCCUUUCCUGCUGUUCCUCCUGCAUUGAGUCCUCAAGUGAGGUCCUGAAAGGGGGAGGGGGGAGCCCAGAUACCCCCCUCCCCCAGGAGAGAACCAGAGGCCAGGAGUCCACCAGAAACACUGAGCCGACACCAAUCAGGUCCAUGGCCGUGGAGUGACACCUGAGGGAUCGAGAGCACAAGCGAGCGGGGGGGCCUCUGUCUGUGAAGGAUGCUGAAGAAGAGCAGCCUGGUUCUCUGGGGCGUGGUGCUGUUUGUGGCCUGGAACGCCCUGCUCCUUUUCUUCCUGUGGACCCGGCCCCCAGCCUUCGACGACCACAGCCACUUGACCGAGGAGGUCAUCCGGCUGGCCCAGGACGCAGAGCUGGAGCUGGAGAACCAGAAGGACCUGCUGCGGCAGAUCCACCGGUACAGCGCCCUCUGGAGCAAGAAGAGGAAGAAGGCGGAGGAGACGGGUCGGCUCCCGCCGCCCGCCGCCGCCUCCAACACUGGGGCUUUGCCCACCACAGAGGCCGCCCCGCGCCGGUCCCAGGCCUCCCCGGAUGCGGUCCUGCCCGUGGUGGUGAUCGCCUGUGACCGCAGCACGGUCCGUCGGUGCCUCGACAAGCUGCUGCACUACCGGCCGUCCCGGGAGCGCUUCCCCAUCAUCGUGAGCCAGGACUGCGGGCACGAGGAGACGGCCCGGGUCAUCGCCUCCUACGGCGAGGCCGUCAUGCACAUCAAGCAGCCGGACCUGAGCGACAUCCCGGUGCCCACGGACCACCGCAAGUUCCAGGGCUACUACAAGAUCGCCCGACACUACCGCUGGGCCCUGAGCCAGGUUUUCCGCACCUUCCAGUACCAGGCGGCCAUUGUGGUAGAGGAUGACCUGGAAGUGGCUCCAGAUUUCUUCGAGUACUUCCAGGCGGCCUUCCCGCUCCUGCUGGCUGACCCCAGCCUCUGGUGUGUCUCGGCCUGGAAUGACAAUGGCAAGGAGCAGAUGGUGGAGGCUGGCCGGCCGGAGCUGCUCUACCGUACAGACUUCUUCCCCGGCCUGGGUUGGCUGCUGCUGUCGGAGCUGUGGGACGAGCUGGAGCCCAAGUGGCCCAGAGCCUUCUGGGACGACUGGCUGAGGCAGCCGGAGCAGCGGCGCAGCCGCUCCUGCAUUAGGCCCGAGGUCUCCCGCACCAUGACCUUCGGCCGCAAGGGCGUGAGCCACGGGCAGUUCUUCGACCAGUACCUGAAGUUCAUCAAGCUCAACGACCGCUUCGUGCCUUUCACCCAGCUGGACCUCUCCUACCUCAAGAAGGAGGAGUAUGAGCGCUCGUUCCUGCCCAAGGUCUACGACGCCCCAGAGCUGCGGGUGGAGGAGCUGCAGGGCAACCAGCGUCGGGAACUGGGCACCGUCCGCGUGCAGUACAGCAGCCGCGACUCCUUCAAGGCCUUCGCCAAGGCCCUGGGCGUUAUGGAUGAUCUCAAGUCGGGGGUGCCCCGUGCCGGCUACCGCGGCAUCGUCAGCUUUCUUUACCGCGGCCGGCGGGUCUACCUGGCACCCCCUUCUGACUGGACGGGCUAUGACCCCAGUUGGAGUUAGCACCGUCUCUCACCGGACAUUGACCCUUGAGCAUGUUGGACCCAUAAAGAUCAUGGAGCGGGUGGGCGGGGUGUGUGUGUGUGGGGCAGGGACUCAGACCUUGUAUUUUUGUUUUCUGAGUGGCAUUCGAGUGCAUUCCGGGGUGGGGCAGGGUGUGUGUGUGUGUGUGUUUGUGCACUUAAUACGGGGGGAGGGGAGGGGGCAGGAUUAUUGUGAUGCCCCGAUGUGGGGGGGCAGGGGACUGGGAUGGGGCAUGCUGAGGCUUUCCCCACUGCCCUCCCCCUCUGCACCCCCAGUGCCUAUCCCCUUUCUGACAUUGUGAUCUCCCCUCUACCGUGUCCCUGGUGGUUUCUCCAGGGUGGGUGGGUGGGGUCAGAGCCAAUGCUGAACCGAACUGAUCGACCAGUGGCUACUUUCCCAGCCUCUGUGAGCUGCGGGGGAAGAAUGGAGAGAGGGGGUUGACCACCUCAUCCAGGGAGGACCUAAUGGUGAUGCCAGGACCUGCUUAGGACCUUUGGCAGUUCCCACCUCGCCAUCCUUAGUUGGGGGCAGAGUGGGAGUGGGCAGGGGGUCACCUCUGGCUAUAGCUGGAAGGGAACAUUGGAGAUGACGGGGCACCCUUGAUGGUCCUCAAGGGCCCAUCGUUAGCUGUAGGGGAGUUGUGCAGGGGCAGGGAGCUUUAUGUCAAUGAUGACCUCUUUGGUGUCUCCAUCGGACCAUCUCUAGCAUGGUUGGAGCAUCAGAACCUUCUCGUCCUUUGACCUGUGCAGUGGUCCCCAAGCAGCCCUCUAGGUCACAGGUGUGUGAGGAGUUGUCCUGGCUUCUCUCUAUCCAGCAACCUUACGUCUCCCCAACAUUCCUCUGUUUGCAGUGGGUGUUCCACCACGGCAGUCCCUUCACUGUCCUUCAUUGCCGCUUUUCUACACUGUGCACAGAGGAAGCUUGUUACGGAGCUGGGGCUCUGCAAUCUGGCUCGUGUCACUCUCUCUGGCGAGGAAGGGAGAGACCCGAGCUUGCAGCCUGCCUUAAUCCUCAGCGGGGGCCUCCAUCCUUUCCCGGGUUGAAGUUCGGUUCAAAGUUGGCUCAGUCCCUGCCCGAUGGUGGCUGAUUCCCCUGCUGCCAUGGUUGAGAGGACCAUUGAUGUAGCAGUGGGGAGAGACAUGAGAUAGCACCAUGGAGGAGAACCCCAGGGGUGGUGGGACACAAGAAAAGGGGCUCUCUGAUAACGAGCCCUGCCUUAUCUAUGGGGGUAGAGCCCCCUCUCCAGUCUCUUAGAGGUGCUGCUAAGCUGUUCAAGAGCCAGUUUGGGGAGGGAGAGUUACAGUUCAGACCUCAUUUGGCCAAAACAUAGACCACACCAAAGGGUAACUUUUCCCCCACUGUAUUAUUUUGCUGUAUUGUCCUGUUUUUGUUUUAAAUCCCCUUAUAUCUUCCCCAGUCUGGGAGGUGAGCCAGGGGAGGAGGGAUACCAAACCGCCCAUUGGCAUCCUACAUCACCCAUGAAAUUGCUUGGUGCCCUAGGGCAAGUUUGGCAAAGGAUGGGUGGGCGCAGAAGCUUCCUGCCAUCCAGUCCCUGUUGGUGAGGUCAGGCAGAGAGGAGCUCCCAUGUCAACAGCCAAGGAGGAGAUGGUCAUUCCAAGAGAGUAUUAAAGGGUCUGCAAAUGUACUGUCUCCAAAGUGCCCCUUCCCUCCCAGCUCUGGUCGGCAAUAUCCAGAGCGCCUGAGGCUUCCUCAGAGUAGGGGUGCUUCAGUGUGUAUGUAACUUUCCUCCCCUCCUUGGGCCAGGAUGGGGGGAAUCUAUCUGAAGGAAGAAUCUCUGGGAGAGGGAGGUCCAUUUGUAGGUAGGAUCUUCAAUGGGAUCCAGCCAGCUCUUCGGGGAGCCCUCCAGGUUGGGUCGGAUCCCCGCCAUUCUCCUGGGCAGGAACUGGGAGCUGGGCAGGCUCUUCCAUCCCGCCUUGCCUGCGGCAAUUCAAGUGAGCCCACCCCCAUUCCAUUUGCUCUGGGCUGUGCCACCCUCACCACACGUGGCUCUGAGGUAGGGCUUGCUGCCCCGUGCUGCCGAGAGGCCUUAGACUCUGGCUGACUUCAAGGUGAGGAAGACGGUCCAGCGAAACGAAGCCCCUGACUACGUUGUGGCCGAUGGAGCUCCCCUCGCGAACCCUCCCUGCUCCUGGCCGAAGCAGUGUGAGGUUCUGGUGGAGGGAGUUUUCCCUCUGUGGGUUUGCAAGAGAGGAGUAGAUACAACCAGCUGUGGUGCUCUUACCCUCUUGGAGAGGAUCCCAUCCCCUACCCCCAAACACUGAGGGUGCCUGGGCAGCCAGUUGCUCUGUUCAGCCUUGGACGGAGCGGGGUCUGCACUGAGGGGAGUUGGGAUGGAAGCCCACCCUUUGUUCAAGGAGGUUGAUUUAAAUCAGUUUCCUUUUCUAUAGCGGUUGCUCCCCCUACCAUGGGAGUUGGGAUUACUCCAUGAUUACCCUCUCUGCCUGCUGCCCCCUUCCCCCUGGAGGGGGGUGGUGAGAGAUUGAACCACAUGCCUGGACCAGUCUUGAAGCCAUUCCUAGUGGAAGGGGUGGAGGAGAGGAAGAAAUUUUGAGCAGGGGGGCUAGGGUGGAGAGGGGGAGAGAGGCUGUUUUUAUGUCCAAAUGUCAUUCUGCGAAAGCAAACUUUAAGGUGCAGAAACUAUUUUCCAGAAUAAAAUAAAAGCCAGACCUUUUUCGGCUCGA